AUGGUAGAGAAGCGCCCCUCGAUUGAGGGCCUCGUCGACAAUAUCGACCCCCGCGAAUCCCACGAGCUGGAAGAGCUGCCGACGUUCGAGAAGCCGGCGACGGAGCCUGCAGGUUUACCGCUCAAGGAGAAGCUGAUAACAUGUUUCUGGAUUGCGCUGAACACGCUCUCAACACUGGGAUUGAUCUUCCUUAGUAAACGCGUCUUCAGUGACAAGCAACUGAAAGCAUGCCAGCUCAUGGUCGUCAUGUGGCAUUUCACAGCUACCACGCUCGUCCUCUUCAUCUCGACCCUGCGGCCAUUCCACGCCUUCAAGGCUGUGCGACUAAACAUCUGGAACAUGUUGCCCGUAUGCGGCUUCUUCGCCGGUUACGUCGUACUAGGCAACCUCAGCUUGACCUUCAACUCGAUCGGUUUCUAUCAGCUAUCCAAGGUCAUGACUACGCCGACCGUCGUCUUCAUCAACUUCGUCCUGUUCCGAAAGUACGUUACCAAGUACAUGCUGGCUGCCAUCCUUGCGACAUGCAUUGGGGUCUCGUUCACCAUCAACGAGGCGGCAAAGACCCAGCUUUUUGGUGUUAUCAUUGCGACCCUGGCUUUCUGCAGUACUGCUUUAUACCAGAUCUGGAUCGGCAAGAAGAUUGAGGACUUUGGCGUCUCGCCGCCUCAGCUCCUGCUUAACCAGGCCCCCAUCUCUGUCUGCCUCCUCAUCCCAUUUGUUCCUUUCUUCGACACUAUCCCAGAUCUCUCCCAGGUACCCACCAACAUCCUAUGGAGCGUUCUAGCAUCCGGCAUCAUGGCCUCAAUGUACAACUUGAGCCAGUUCUUGAUUAUUGGACGAACGAGCGCCCUGACCUUCAACAUUGUCAGCCAUCUCAAGACCAUCAUGAUUUUGAGCAUAGGUUGGUACAGCGAAGGCAAGAUCCUGAGCGGACGGGAGUGGUUUGGUGUUUUGCUUGCGCUAAGUGGUGGCUGGGUAUACUCCCAUCUUGCGCUCAAGGCGAAGAAGCAGGGUGGAAAGUAAGAGACGCAGUGCGACACCCCAGGAACCACACCAACGUAGACGAGACGAAACGAAACUGUUGUAUAAUGAGCAUUCGGCGGGUACAGGGCUUCUUCUUCUUCUUUUGGAUACGGCAUCCCCGGGGUGUUUUUACUUUACUUUGAUUCAUGCGAUGCGCAGGACCGAGCGAGUGAGAGUAGCAUCAGCAGUUGGCAUCCACGACUUGCUUUUCUACACAUCUACACACCCAUGCGCCCCUGAAAGACAGACAGACAGAGAGCGAGCGAGCCAGAGCGAAGACAGAUCUAUGAUAGAAAUGAGUCGGGGCUGGAGACACGGUGGUUCCAUUCCCAACCUCUAGGAGUUUUCCCUGAGAGAACGGGCUGCGUAUUUCUUCUCUUAUCUUUUUUUUGUGCAGCCCCCAUAUAUAUAUUUCCUUUGGGGUUGGGUUUUUCAUCUUCAUCUAUCUCUUCCCCGAAUGGCGCUAUAUACUCCCAAUGACAUAACUUUCUUCAU